CGCCUCCUUCUCCAUCAGCUGCUACACGCCUCCUUCUCAUCUUCUUCUUCUUCGAUUCUCACAGUGAUCUACUCCGAAAUACAAGGUGCCUAAGAUGGAUGAUUCUGACGAGGAGUUUCAAAUAUUAUUUGGUGAUACUUCUUCUUCAUCAAGUGAGGAAGUAGUUGGUCAAGUUCUAUUGGUUAAUCAAUUACAUGAAAUGCAUCAAUCUCAACAAAUUAGAAGACCAUUGCGCCCUUCAAAUAUGUCUGGACGUGAAUAUUUAAUUGAGCUACUAAAUGGUCAUCCUGAUAGAUUAUUUUACACAAUUAGAAUGGAUAAUAACACUUUUAGAUCUUUAUGUCGUCGAUUAGUAGAAAUGGAAGUAAUAGAACAUGAUAAGUUAAUUAGUGUUGAAGAAGCUGUUGUCAUGUUUUUGUGGAUUGUAACACAUAACCAACGAGUUAGAACUGUAGCUGAAAGAUAUCAACAUUCAGUAGAAACUGUUUGUCGUCAAUUUAGUAGAGUGCUAGACGCAUUGUGUUAUUUAGGAAAUGAAGUUAUAAAGCCUAUUGACUUUAACACUGUGCAACCAGAAAUUCAAAAUAAUUCAAAGUAUUUCUCAUGGUUUAAGGAUUGUGUUGGAGCAAUUGAUGGUACGCAUGUAAGUGCAGUUGCACCAGCUCUAAAACAACUUGCAUAUAGAGGAAGGAAAGUAGAUGUAACACAAAAUGUAAUGGCUGCAUGCUCUUUUAAUAUGAUGUUUACUUAUGUGUACGCUGGGUGGGAAGGAACAGCCAAUGAUUCUCGAGUGCUUCAAGAUGCAAUUAGAAAAGAUGAUAGCUUUCCUAUGCCACCACAAGGAAAAUACUAUGUUGUUGAUUCUGGCUAUCCGAAUAUGCCGGGGUUUCUAGCACCAUAUCGUGGUGAACGUUAUCACUUGCGUCAUUUUAGAGGAAGAGGGAAUCACCCCAGAGGUGCAAUGGAGUUAUUCAAUUAUAGGCACUCAUCAUUGCGUAAUGUGAUUGAACGUUGUUUUGGACUUCUUAAAGCUAUAUUCCCAAUUUUGAAGUCAAUGCCUCCAUAUUUGCUUGGAAAGCAACGUAGAAUACCAAUAGCAUGUUGUGCUAUCCACAACUGGAUUAAAAUGCACUCUAUUGAUGAUAGAAUGUUUGACCAAUACUCUAUUGACGCCACACCAUUAGAAGAUAUUGAAGGCACUCAAAACCAACAAGGAGGAGAUGAACCAGAAAUUUAUCAGACACCGGAGAUUAAUUUUAGUCAAGCUUAUAUGGCUCAGAUGGAAAAUGUCAGAGAUGACAUUGCUGGACAAAUGUGGCUUGCUUAUAACAAUAACAAUAGAGCAUAGCUAUUUU